GCAAAAAAGAGCCCAGAAAGGACACGACGCGCUCAGUUAUACGCUCGACGUCUACGGUAAAGAUAGGAUCUGCAGCAUCUUUAGCAGACGCUUUUUUAAAAUCACAUCAAACAUGACUGUUAAACCAAGAAACAAAAACAAUGCAGGCGAAAAGACUGCUUCAUCUACCCAAGAUGACAUGGCGAAGAAAAGUCCAAAAUCUAGUAAAGAGGUUAGCCCCUCAAACCAACAAUCGGGGUCAGGGAGUUUAGUUAAAGUUAUAGCUGCUUUAUGUUAUAUCGCAUUACUAGCUGCGGCUGCCUUUGCUGCUAUAUACCUGCAACAAGUUUUGGAAGAAAUACAUCAAAUCAGCACCAGAAAUGAAGUGACUGUACGAACAAAUGAAGAACUUGCGGGUAAAGUAGAGAAUGUUCUCCAACAGGUGGACAACAUGAGAGGCUCAGUGGACGGUUUGGAAUCAGCUCUCGCCACCAUGCGGGCGGAGCAGGAGGCGGCAAGCCGGGCAGUAAGGAAGGGUGAAGCUGAGACACGCCGUGUGGAGGAGGCCGUUCAGAGGCUCCAGAACGAGCUGCUGGGCGACCUCUCGGAAGGCAUCAACGAGGUGAAAGAGGCCAGAGAGCGGGACUUCUCCUCCCUGGAGAAGACGGUGGAGGAGCGCCUGGCUGAGUUGAGUGCCUCUAUCGCGGCUAGCGUGGCCGAGUUCACAGAGGCCCAGGGUGAGGCUCAAAGUCAGCUGGCUGACCUCAAAGCCCGCCUGGGUGACAUGGAAGACCCAACACUGAUCAAACAGGAACUGUCCGCUGUUGUGGAGACCGUCGCCGGGCUCAGCGCCGCCAAGCGGGCCGCAGAGGAGUUGGACGAUUCACUGAGGGUGCAGAUUGCCUCGGUGGGCGCGGAACUUCAAACCCGUAACGAGGAAAUAGCCUCAAUGUCACAGGAGGUGGCGGCAGUGAGGCUGCUGCUGCAGGAGACAGUGGGUAGCUUGCGGGAGCAGGUGUCGGGGGCAGAGGCUGGCGUACAGGCCUUGACAGAUCAGGGACAGAGCCUGCAGAGUGGGCUGGAUCUGGCCACCAGUGCUCUACACAGUCUGGAGAAGGAACUGCAGGGGGAGUCGGCCAGGGCGGAGCAGAGGUCGGGCGGUCUGGAGUUUCGACUGAAGACGGCUGAGGAGAGCGGAGACUCCCUGACGACGUCGCUAGCGGACCUCACCUCCAAGGUUGAGGCUAUCCUCGCCAAGUACGAUUCACACGAGAGUGCGUUAGCUGCCCAGGGGUUGGUCGCCGAGAAGGCCCGGGAUGUCAUACAGGUAGAACUGGAAGAGAUGAAAGACAGCCUGAGGGAGCUCCAGUCCAUUGUGGACGUGCUGAGGGACACUCAGACCUCUCGGGACACUAGCCUAAGUCAACACAUAGAAGGACUGGAGCAGAAGCUGGAUGUCUUGGAAGAAGCCACCAAGUCAGCCAGCCAGCCCCCACCAGAGCUAGAAAAGUUGAGGAGCACUGUGGACAGCCUGGUGGGGAAAGCUGCCAAGCUGGAUAGCCAGGAGAAGGCCAUUGAAGACUUACAGGGUUCACUACAAAAGACAAUUAGUUCACUGCAGGCCUUGGCCCAGCCAGAGGUCAAAAAGGCCUAAGGGUGGCAUAGAGUUAGGGGAUCGGUUGGCUCAAUGAGAAAAGUGGACUGCUGUGAAUUUGAAUACAAACAUUACAAGUGCACUGUCGUUUUUAUUUUUGUUGUUGUUCAUGUUUAGAUUUUAUUAUGUGAGUUUGGAGUUGUUUCAUUUUUAAGGGUUGGUGUCAAAAACCUAACUUGGAAUUCAGCUUGUGUUAGCGGUUGCAUUUUGUAACAAAAAUAAAAAUUGGACAGCCA